CAGGUCAUCUCUACAGCGGUCAUGGUGAGCCCACGAUUCGCCUGGGCGGCUGCAUAGUCGGAAACUCCCCAGAAGAAUAACCCAGCUCUGAGACUGCCUGUCCCUCAGGCAGUCAGUGGAGGAAUGAGGAUCAGAAUUGGGGUCUGUGAUAACAGCCACUCUGGCCCUUUUCAACAGGGGACCUUCUCGUUACUCUGACCCUGGAGUUUAUUAAUUUACUCGAAAACUUCUCAGACACCUGCUAUGCACCAGGCAGUGAGUAGAACAGACGGAAGUUUCUGCCUUCACAGAGAAUCCAUUCGAGUACAUAUACAAAUAAUGAACACGUUAUCAGGUGCCGUGCCAUGGGAGCUAAGAAGAUGCACUUGGGUGAAGAUUUAAAGAGUAUUCUUUCAGAAGCACCUGGAAAAUGUGUGCCUUAUGCUGUUAUUGAAGGAGCUGUGCGGUCUGUUAAAGAAACACUGAACAGCCAGUUUGUGGAAAAUUGCAAGGGGGUGAUUCAGCGACUGACACUUCAAGAGCACAAGAUGGUGUGGAAUCGAACAACCCACCUUUGGAAUGACUACUCCAAGAUCAUUCACCAGAGGACCAACACAGUGCCCUUUGAUCUGGUGCCCCAUGAGGAUGGCGUGGAUGUGGUAGUCCGGGUGCUGAAGCCCCUGGACUCAGUGGAUUUGGGCCUAGAGACUGUGUAUGAGAAGUUCCACCCCUCGGUCCAGUCCUUCACCGAUGUCAUUGGCCACUAUAUCAGUGGCGAGCGGCCCAAAGGUAUCCAGGAGACUGAGGAGAUGCUGAAGGUCGGAGCCACCCUCACUGGGGUUGGAGAACUGGUCCUGGACAACAACUCCGUCCGCUUGCAGCCCCCAAAACAAGGCAUGCAGUACUAUCUGAGCAGCCAGGACUUUGACAGCCUGCUGCAGAAGCAGGAGUCGAGUGUCAGGCUCUGGAAGAUCCUGGCCCUGGUGUUUGGCUUUGCCACAUGUGCCAGCCUCUUCUUUAUCCUCCGGAAGCAGUACCUGCAGCGGCAGGAGCGCCUGCGCUUGGAGCAGUUGCAGGAGGAGUUCCGGGAGCACGAGGCCCAGCUGCUGAGCCAAGCCUCGCCGGAGGACCGGGAGAGUCUCAAGAGUGCUUGUGUUGUGUGUCUGAACAGCUUCAAGUCCUGUGUCUUUCUGGAGUGUGGCCACAUAUGUUCCUGCCAUGAGUGCUACCGUGCCCUGCCAGAGCCCAAGAGGUGCCCCAUUUGCCGGCGGGAGAUCACCCGGGUGAUUCCCCUGUACAACAGCUAACAACCUUGCGGCCACACAGCUGGGCCGGGAAGCAGCUUCCUGCUCCUCAGGAGUUCGUCCUGAGGCCUCUGGAGAGCUGCAGUGGGGACUGCUGUACCUCCAGCUGUGACUGAGCAGGAACUGUCACACCUACACCUCCACCAGCAGGGCCUUGCCUUUAUAACCUGAGCCUUGCCAGCCCAGAACCUGUCGGGGAGCUCUGCUCCGCAUGGAAGCCAUGGCCCGACGCUGCUUCUGAGAAGCAGAUCCAUGUAGGGAGAUGAAGGACCCCAUGGCCUGAGCACCAAGGCUCUUCUGGACCUUGCUGGGGAUUUUGAUUGCUGCAUCUGUGGGGAGGAAAGGCGGGCUCUUCAAGGCCACACAGAGCUGCCUGUGGGGACACUCAUCUGUAGCUUUCCUUCUUUUGCUUCUAACAGGGGAAAGGGCUUACUAAUUGUCAGGCUAGGCAAGUCACUUGUGUCCCUUUCUCCUCAGCUGCUUGCCUCCUAAACGUGUGCACAUGUGUAAGGAGUGAGCUCAGCCCCUUGCCCAAACAUGUGGGCUGCAGAUCAGCAGGAGGACAAGAGCAAUCUGGGGUGAUUGUCAGGUAGCCAUGCCAGUGUCCCUCCGACCCAGGUCCUCCAGCGAGCACACCUCAGUCCUGUCGUGCAGCGUACAGGCCCCUGGGUGGCUCAAGUUUCCCUGCUGGAAGAUGAGCUAGGAAGCUGAGCUAAAGGAAGCAGCAAGGACAUUGCUGAGCUGGACUCCUGACGUCCUAGCUUACUCGCUUGCUUUCACCAAGGAAAAGUAGCCAGCUGGCAGCCAGCACGCUCAGCUGAUCAGGGCUGCUCCCUGUCCCUGGCCUGUGGCAGAGGUAACAUGGGGGGGGGGGUAUCACAUUUCUGUCACCCUUCACCCCUCACUGUCCCUGUGGAGCCUGUGAGUGCAAGAGAAGUUGGGGAGUGUCCUUCCCCACCUCUGAGUGGCCAAAAACACUCACAGCUCUUUUAUUGUCCCUCCCUGUCCUUGACCCUUAUCCCCCAUCCUCCUCUGUGUGGGGGAUGGUGUGCUCUCAGGGGGCUGACACUAGUGUCAUGCAGUGUCCAGUGCGCACAGCACAGAUUAAACAUUUUGCAACCA